AUGACAGAUCUUUCCGUUAUUGAUGUAUGCCUUCCUAAAUUCAUUCAUGUUUAUUUAAAUAUAAGAGUUGAUUGGUCAUUUGAAGAUUUCUGUCGAUUUUUCACCAUAUGUCCUCAUGUAAAACAUCUGAAUAUAAUAUCAUUUGUUCAAGAACAAUCUUUGGACGAAUUAUCUGCAUGGAAAACAUUGAUCGAGCACUAUUUACCUGAUCUUAUUUAUUUUCAUCUUCAUUUUGAUAUUGAAGAGUAUCCUGAAUAUAAUAUAUAUCCACGAUGUAAUUUGAGCUCGUUUAACAAUGACGAAUAUUGGCUUCAACCACGACCUCAAUUUCAAGUUAUACAAGAUGUUAAGGGAAUAUAUUUAUAA